AUGGCUUCAAUAAUGGAAAACGCUUCGAUUGAGUCUGCAGCUGCAGUCAUUGUGAAUCACCCCUACUAUCCUCUUGAGAUGGAAAUAGCCAGUUAUCUUGCGAACGAAUGGACUGUACCUACGCUUCUGGGUGUCUUUUUUGGUGCUUGUGCGAUAUUGUUCUUAUGCACUCGCACCUUUGUUGCCAGAUCAUAUCCUCAUUUGUCGGGCGCUGAAAAGGCUGCGAUAUGGUGGUUAGUGUUGUCUGGCGCAAUCCACCUCUUCUUCGAAGGAUACUUUUCGCUCCAUCACACUCAAAUUAUCAAAGAUCAACAAUUGUUGGGACAACUCUGGAAGGAAUAUGCCCUCAGCGAUAGUCGGUAUUUGACAUCUGAUCCGUUUGUCCUUUGCAUGGAAACAGUAACAGCAUUUUUAUGGGGGCCUAUGUGCUUCACUGUUGCUGCCUUUAUUGCAACUCGACAUCCACUUCGACACCCCUUACAAAUCAUUGUCACUGUAGGAGAAAUGUAUGGACUUGUUCUAUAUUAUGCCACUCAUACUUUUGACUACUAUCAUAAAGAAGUUGUUUAUUCCAGACCAGAAUUUCUGUACUUUUGGUUCUACUACUUCUUCAUGAAUUUUCUCUGGAUGAUCUUUCCAGGCAUGCUCCUCGUUGAUUCCGUGCGUACUAUCGCGCGAACAUUCACAGAGCUCGACAAGGUUAAAAAUACUCAGGGAAUGAAUGGCGUCGCAAAGAAAGGACAAUAA